UAUCUGUUCGUGGGAAAAUAUCUGGUAUCAAGACAAUAAUUUUCACGAUGGCGGCGUCCACGAGAGUUUUUAUACUCUGCAAAUCCCCUUCAAAAUCUGCCUUGUACUCGUGUCUUCAUAAUCAUAUUCAUAGGCAUCUGUAUCUGAGCAGCUGCUUAGGACAAGAGACAACUGCCACUCAGAAACCUCAGAAAGAAAUUCACAUUCCCAAAAAGAAGAAUAGAGAUCCAACGUCCGUACUCCAAGCUUUGAGCAGUACUGUCAAAAGAGAUCCCACAGCGUCUCCGUACAUGUUUCACGACGAUCCCUUUUUGCUGCCCAGAAAUUCAGGGGAGAGGAGACGCUACGCUCUAGCAGCGGAAUCGGGCAGAAAAGCAGCACAGUAUGUCAUCAACAAGUGGCCAGAACACUUCCUAGCCGUACAAAGAGACAGCCCUAAAGUUGAGGCAUUCUACCCUCCUGAAAAGCAUUAUUUGUUUGGCGAUCCCAGCGAGGAAGCUGUGCUUGAGAGGGUGGAAAAUUCUGACAUGAAAGAGGCCCUUGAGAUGUUCUACAAACUCCUAGACACAGGGUCAGCAGUAUCCAUGGAAACCAGCAAUGCAUUGUUGGACCUGCUGUGUUACCAUGGCUACAGCGGAGAGCCUAUGCCUGAAGAACAAGGAGCAAGCGCAGAAGCAGAAGCCUCGGAGAACUCGGAAUCUACGGAGUCAACUGACCCGUCAGAAGCUGACAGCAAAGGUCAGGCGUGGAAGAAAAGAAAAACGGGCAGGGAAGCAAGAUGGAAGGAGAACAAUGAUAUCGAGAAGCUGUUUAACACACUGCAAGAGAGAAAUGCUCACGCUUACUGCUCCAUGGUCAGAGGCAUGAUCAAGCAUGGGGCAGCCACGAAAGCCUUCAUCAUGUACAAUGAGAUGCAAGAGAGGGGAAUCCAGGCUGACGUCCAGACCUAUAAUGCCCUCAUUAAGGGCGUGGUCUACAUUAGGGAGGAUUACAUGGAGCGGUGGAAGGUCAUAUAUCAACUGAUGAAGCAAAUGCACCUGGAAGGGGUACGGCCCAACCUGAGCACCUUCAACACCAUGCUGGACGACCUGAGGAUCAUGGGCGUGGUCGGGCGCAAGAAGGCUCUGCAGACCGUCAGCGAGAUGAAAGCCAUCGGCGUAGAGCCUAGUUUAGGAACCUACAAUCUUCUGCUGAUGAUUUUCUACAAAGAUUCACUUCCUCCCAGUGAUGUCCUGUAUGACAUCAUGGAUACCAUUGAUGGCACCAGCUUUUCGUUGAGACACGAACAAGACGUUUUCUUCUUCAAGAAUGCAAUGAAUAUCUGUUUGUCGCUGAAGGACCUGGAGCUUGCCUACAGGGUGGACCUGCUGCUUAACACCGGCGAGAAUUACAAACUGGCCGGCGACUAUUUUGCCCAGAACGUCUACUAUGGUAAAUUUUUCAAUCUCAUCUGUCUCAUGGACAGUGUGGAUGCCAUGAUGGAGUACUACGAGAAACUGGUACCCUCGGCUUUGAUUCCAAAUGCCCAAGUUUAUAUUGAGAUGUUGAGGUCUAUGGAAACAGCUGGUACAUACGACAAAGCUGCCGUUAUCUGGAAAGACAUUUGUCACUUCAGCCAUCAUUACCGGCAGCCACUUCUGGAAACGCUUCUGUCCGUAAUGUCCCAAGCAACUGAUGCAGACAACAAGCUAACCUCAGAGUUCUUCGACAUUGCCAUGGAAAUCAAGUUGGUCAUAGCGGCCUCAAAAUCGAGGAGGGACCCUGUAGAGUGGCGGUCAAGCAGUCUGACCCAUCUAGCUCUGAUCUGCCUUAAGGCUAAACAACUGGAUAAAGCAUGGGAGGUCCUGGAUCUCUUUAAGGAAGAGAACAAGCUUCCAGGCAACAUUCUUCUGGAGGAGUACCUGGAGGCUUGCAUCGAGGCCAGCGAUAACCAGAAAGCAAUUAGUUGUUUACAGUUUGUUUCAAGUGUUAGUUCCACCCUGGCACUGCAGUUUAUUGACAGGGUCAAAGGUCAAUUGACCCUUCUUCCCCAAGAGAGAAAGAAGAUCGAUGCCAUUUUGGCAGAGGAAGACUUGGACGAGGCAGGGGCACAGUGAUUGCCCGGGCUCGUCCACCCCUGAAGCCCCAACUUUCAGAGGGGUGUUUCCACCAAUCCUGGCUCACUGUCAGGCCACAGCCUGGAGAGGAGGGGGGGUCAUGCUGAGGAUGGCGGCCAUUGUUUCAGACCUGUGAAAAGGUUGGUCGUAGAAAAGGACCAGGACAGGUUGAACAGUGUCAUUCGCUUUGUGGACAGUCCCCUGCUCCAUGUAUGACACGCGUGGCCUAAAUUAAUGGGAUGUGGAACCAGACACAUCGAUAGGUCUGCUCGGACACAGACUAGGAAGAAGCAGUCGGCCAUCGGGGAGCUCCACAGCCUUGGAACCAUUUUGUGUAUCCCGGCAAUGCACUUCCAAGAGACUAUGAAAAAAAAAUUGUUUACAUCCAGCCAGGAAGUGGACUUUGCGUUGACUGAAUAAACAACCAACAAUCCUGACCUUUUGAAUGUUAUGACACAGUUUUCUGUUGUUUGGGCAUUAGUGCUUCUUUCGCUAUCACAGAACAAGCAAAGUAAAGGCAUUUAAAAAGCCUCUAGAUUUACUCUGGGGCCUUUUUAUUUCUGCUGAUUAAUGGUUCUUUUCUGCUUCCUUUUUACACAAUGAGGGAAGUGCAAAAUGUGUGGAAUUUUGUACCCGUUAAAUAUUUGUCAUUAAUGUAUAUCAACAAAUUGCACCUCCCCGAAAUAAAUGUACAUUCAUGUCAACUUAUAAAACCAUUACAGAACCCCCCCCAAAAAAAAACGAUGAGGCAAGUAUGUCUCGGCCCUCCUAUGAGGAUAACGAUUCCCACACGUGUAUUGGCUCGCCCGUAAAUGAUAGAGGGCGCUCUAUAAUACUUGGCAACAACUCCCUUGGGCCUGACAUGUCACGCACAACAACGUUUUAUAAGGAAAGAAAUAAAGACGAAAACAUGUUUCACGGA